CCUUCAUCCCACCCGACCUUUGCCAUUCGGGAGACUCGUAUCCUCACAUUGCACCUCGCCACUAUGACAGACAUCUCCUCGCAGCUGCACGCCGGGUACGCCCACCCGCUCACCCGGGACCUGCAGACUCCCACGCUGCGCAAAUCGAUGUUCAUGUACCCCCUCUUCAUCACCGACAUUGAGGAUGCAGCUAUGGACCUGCCCUCUAUGCCUGGACAGAAGAGGUGGGGUGUGAAUAAGCUAGAAGGAUUCAUUAGGCCUUUGGUAGAAAAGGGACUCAAGAGCGUCAUCUUGUUUGGGAUUCCAGAGGUCAAGAAGGAUCUGAAGGACGACAGAGGUACUCUCGCCGACGACCCUUCCGGUCCGGUAAUAUCGGCCAUCAAGCUCCUCUCCUCCAAGUUCCCCGACCUUUACAUCGCCUGCGACGUCUGUCUUUGCGAGUACACGUCCCACGGGCACUGUGGUAUUCUCCACCCAGAUGGACUCAUCAAUAAUCCUCCCUCUGUGGCUAGGCUGGCGGAAGUGGCGGUGAAUUAUGCUAGGGCAGGAGCGCAUUGUGUAGCACCUAGUGAUAUGAUGGACGGAAGGAUCAAGGGAAUCAAGCAGGGAUUGAUCGAGGCAGGACUGGUAGGGAAGGUGACGCUGAUGAGUUAUUCGGCCAAAUUUGCUAGUGGGCUGUAUGGUCCUUUUAGAGAUGCAGUUGACUCAGCCCCUUCCUUUGGCGACAGGCGCUGCUAUCAGCUACCUCCCGGUGCUCGAGGUCUCGCACGUCGAGCAAUCCAGCGCGAUAUGGCCGAAGGCGCCGAUAUCAUCAUGGUCAAGCCUACUCUCCCCUACCUAGACAUCCUCUCCGAAGCUCGCUCUCUCGCUCCUGAUCACCCACUAGCCUGCUACCAAGUCAGUGGAGAAUUUGCCAUGAUCCACGCGGGAGCCAAGGCGGGGGUUUACGAGUUGAGGAGAAUGGCAGAAGAGACGUGCGAGAGCGCAGUGAGGGCGGGAGCGACAUUGAUCCUAAGCUACUUCACACCGGACUUCCUCGACUGGUUGGAGGCAUGAGAAGGUGCGGAAUGACGACGGUCAUCAGCUCCUGCUCGUCGAUACUUCACAGCAAGGCAGCUUAAAUGGAAGGGUGAUGCAUUGUCGACGGCAUCGAUGACUGUUGUAUAUGUAAACAAAUGUGAUCUGGUUCCACCCUUCCUCU